AGAACGCAAGACCCACGCUUUUCUUUCUGGCUCGCCAAGUUGAGCUUUGACACACACCAAACACCUUCACCCUAAUCUAAUCCCUUCACCCAAUUAGCUCCAAGUCGUCUUCUCCUUCCCAUUCCCAUCCUCUGAUGUUGUAUAUAUAAACGCGCGCAACCACAGGCCACAUAGAACCUAUACUCAGACCAAACAAAAGGAACAAGAAGAUCACACCGAUUCAAACCACCACCGUAUCCAUCCCAGAGGAGCAAGCAAGCAACCACAUAGGCAAGCAAAGAGUUUGGAGAAUGGCGAUCGCCGUUAGCGGUCAAUGGACGCGGCUGCGCACGCUCGGCUGCGGCGCGUCGGGAGCCGUGGUGUCUCUGGCGGCUGACGGCGCCUCAGGGGAGCUGUUCGCGGUCAAGUCGGUGGCCGCGGCGGACGCGGCGAUGCUGAGCCGGGAGCAGGGGAUUCUGUCCGGGCUCUGCUCGCCUGACGUUGUGCGUUGCAUCGGCGGCGGCCACCGCGACGGCUCGUACCACCUCUUCCUCGAGUUCGCCCCCGGCGGCUCACUAGUCGACGAGGUCGCCAGGAAUGGUGGGUGCCUCGAGGAGCGCGCCAUCCGCGCCUACGCGGCGGAUGUACUGCGCGGGCUGGCGUACGUCCACGGCGAGUCGCUCGUGCACGGGGACAUCAAGUCAAGGAACAUAGUGAUCGGCGCCGACGGGCGCGCCAAGCUCGCGGACUUCGGGUGCGCGAGGACGGUGGGCUCAGUGAGGCCGAUCGGAGGCACGCCGGCCUUCAUGGCACCUGAGGUAGCCCGGGGGGAGGACCAGGGCCCGGCCGCCGAUGUAUGGGCGCUCGGCUGCACGGUGGUCGAGAUGGCCACCGGGCGCGCCCCGUGGAGCGACCUCGACAACGUCCUCGCCGCCGUCCACCGGAUUGGUUACACGGACGCUGUGCCCGAGGUGCCGGCUUGGCUGUCUCCCGAGGCCAAGGACUUCCUCGCCGCGUGCUUCGCGAGAAACCCCCGCGACCGCCGCACGGCGGCGGAGCUCCUCGAGCAUCCAUUCCUGGCAUUCCAACCAGGGGAGGCCAAGGCCCGGCAGUGGGUGUCGCCCAAGAGCACGCUGGACGCCGCAUUCUGGGAAUCGGAGUCCGACGACGACGACGAAAAGGAAAUUUCGGUGAACGCGUCCGAGAGGAUCAAGUCCUUGUCCUGCUCCAUCUCGGCCUCGCCGGACUGGGAUUCCGACGAAGGCUGGAUCGAUGUGCUCGGCGGCAAGCAGUGUGCCGAACCUUGCGAUUCGCCAGCAACAAAGGAGCCAGCUGAUCUGGCUAGCCGAGCGCCAGGCAAAGUGUGCUGGUCCGCGGCGGUGACAGCUGAAGACAUGGCUGUCGUCGGUGGCCUUUCAAGCGAUGAACAACUGGAUGCAGAGGAAGGGCCGCCUUUCGGUGGAGAUAUCCUAGCCGACGAUCAGUCAACUGAUCGUCAGAACAAAGUCUGUGCGAAAUCAGACAGAGAGAUACCGUGUAAACGAAUUGAUGCAAUAGAAAAGUUUUGUUUUCCACAAAAAUUGCUGUCCCGUUCUGAUAAUUUCUCUUCCAUGUUCUGGACCCGUUCUGAUAAGUGUGUCCGUAUUGAAUUUCGAUGCAUGUUUGGAGAAAACAACAUGUCUCUUUUUACACUUACUCCACGUUGCACCCACCCGGGAGCAUAUGCUUCCGGUUGA